UAAGACUCCGAAUCGAGAUGGUUUGCACUAUUUCUCCAAGUGCACACCAGUAUUCUCAGACCUGGACAAACUUGCCCAGCCCUUACAACCAUCUCCCGAGACACGCUCAGGCCGAGGUUGGACAACACUCUCCGGGUGUUCUACUCUUCUCUCUGAAACAACCUGAAGGUCUUCAAGCAGCUCAGCGUGCAUGUGGGCAGCGUGGUCCCGGUCCUCCGGAGCCCCAUGAAGGCAACACGUCCCCUGGCGAAUGGCCCUGGCAGGCCAGCGUGAGGCGACAGGGGGUACACGUCUGCAGUGGCUCCUUGGUGGCAGACACCUGGGUCCUCACAGCCGCUCACUGCUUUGAAAAGGUGGCCACAACAGACCUGAGCACCUGGUCCGUGGUCCUGGGUUCUCUCAAGCAGGAGGGGCUGAGCCUGGGGGCUGAGGAGGUCGGAGUUGCCGCUCUGCAGUUGCCCAAGGCCUAUAACCACUAUACCCAGGGAUCAGACCUGGCCCUGCUCCAGCUCAUCCAUCCCGCAGCUCAGACAACCCUCUGCUUGCCCCAACCCACUCACCAGUUCCCCUUUGGAGCUUCUUGUUGGGCGACUGGCUGGGACCAGAACACCAGUGAUGUUUCCAGGACCCUACGGAAUCUGCGUCUUCAGCUCAUCAGCCGCCCCACUUGUAACUGUCUCUACAAUCGGUUGCACCAGCGGCUGCUGGCCAAUCCAGCAAGAACUGGGAUGCUGUGUGGGGGUGCACAGCCUGGGGUGCAGGGACCCUGCCAGGGAGAUUCUGGGGGCCCUGUGAUGUGCCAAGAGCCUGAUGGACACUGGGUCCAGGUUGGGAUCAUUAGCUUCACAUCAAGAUGUGCCCAAGAGGACACUCCUGUGCUGCUGACUGACAUGGCUGCUCACAGUCCGUGGCUGCAGGCCCACAUCCACGGGGCAGCUUUCUUGGUGCAGGCUCCAGGAAUUGUGGAGACUAGUGAUGAGAACAGCUGUGUAGCAUGUGGCUCCUUGAGGAGUGGAGGCCCCCGGGCAGGAGCCCACUCUCGGUGGCCCUGGGAUGCCAGGCUGAAGCACCACGGGAAGCUGGCUUGUGGUGGAGCCCUGGUAUCAGAGGUGGUGGUGCUGGCUGCUGCUCACUGCUUUAUUGGGCGCCAAACCCUAGAGGAAUGGAGUGUAGGACUGGGGGCUGGACCAGAGGAACGGGGCCUGAAGCAACUCAUUCUGCACGGGGCCUAUACCCACCCAGAGGGUGGUUAUGAUGUGGCCCUCUUGCUGCUGGCUCAGCCUGUGACACUGGGCCCUGGCCUGAGGCCCCUUUGCUUGCCCUAUGCUGACCACCAUCUGCCUGAUGGUGAACAUGGCUGGGUUCUUGGGCUGACCCAAGGAGCAGGUACACAGGAGUGGGGGACCCUGGCAGUUGUCCACUGGGGGCAACUGAGGCACCUAGUCUUCCUUUGCUUUCUAGACAUCAGCUACCCCCAGACAGUGCCUGUGACGGUCCUGGGACCAAUGGCCUGUAACAAACAGCAUGCAGGCCCUGGGAGCACAGGUGUUCACAUCCUGCCAGGGAUGGUAUGCGCCACUGUUGUGGGUGAGGCGCCUCACUGUGAGGACCUACCUGGGGCACCACUUGUACAUGAGGUCAGGGGCACAUGGUUCCUGGCUGGACUGCACAGCUUUGGAGACACAUGCCAAGGCUCUGCAAAGCCUGCAGUUUUUGCAGCACUCUCUGCCUACGAGGACUGGGUCAACAAUCUAGACUGGCAGGUCUACUUCGCCGAGAAGCCAGAGCCCGAGGCCGAGCCUGGAAGCUGCCUGGUCAACUCAAGCCAAGCAGCCAGUUGUUGAUGGUGACUCUUUAGUUUGCUCACAGGACGCCAGGAAAGCCAGGCAACUCCCACGUCAACACCCAGUUUUACACGCCUGCCCUUCCCCUGCCUGUCUUGUGGUUCCCAGCCAGCCUGGAGGCAGGCCUGACAGCCGUCUGGCUAGGAAUGAGCCUGCCCAGAGAUGCUUUCCAUGUGUGGCCAAGGCCCCACCCCCAAGCUCUGCUUUUCAACAGAGAUGUCUCCAGUGUUCUCUAUCCAAUCCUUCAGACACAACCACACCAAUAGCUGUUGUGAA